AUGCAAGACAGAAUCACUGACACGAGACAGGCCUGCAACGGCGAAGAGAGUCGCCCUGCUACUACUCUGGCUUCUACCAGGGCAGGCAAGAGACUGCGCUCGCCAUCGUCUGGGAAGAGCAAGCGUGGAUCUGAGGACCCUGAAGCGCUUGGCAACGAAACUGCCCCCCCCUCAAAACGUCUAAGACGGGGCUCCAGAUGGAAUGGUUCCGUCGCUACGGUCCAGACUCCCGAGGAAGGGCCCGCUCAUCAACCCGAGAUUCGUGUACCUGAAGCUGCUCAGCCCGAGACUCCCCAGUCAGAGCCACAGCAAGAGGCAGACCAGGAAGCGCCCGAAGUUUCCGUCUCCGUUCCACAGCCCGAGUUCGAACUGGAAACGCCGAUCCGAGGCCUAAGCACUGCCAGAGGUCCCUCAAAAGGCACGCCAGACACUGUAGCUGUCCUGAGGGACAUUGUCAAGACCCUGAAUGACAUUCCUCCGGGCGAGAUAGCCUACGGCGCCCCAAUUCCAGACGCCCCCAUCCCCAAGAUCACGGUCGACGGGUUCGGCGAGCUCGAUCCUUCGUCGCUGACUCUGGGGAGUGCCGACUUGGAUCGGCUCAUACAGCGUGCCAAAGAGCUCCGCAUCAAGGCCAUGGGCUCGGAAUGGAUGGAAAUUCCCCGCAUGCCAACCUGGCUCUUCUUGAGCAACUACCUGACGAUCGACGACAAGGCCUGGGACUGCUACGUGAACCAAAUCGCCGACAAAUCCGGCAAGUUUCUAGGCUUCAAGGCGAACACGCUCGUUCCCAUCUUGCACGGCAUGUAUCUCUGGGAGGAGAACUCGAUUUGGCGCUGCUAUCACAGCCGUAGAGAGGAUCCCAGCAGGGUUGGAACGCUGCUGGUCACGUUGAACAACGACUACGAGGCAGGCGGCAUUGCCGUGGGCUACGAAAACAAAGAUCUGUUUUUCGAUCACGCGCCGGAAUCGCAGAACCACUUCUUCAUUGCUUCUCACUAUGGCGUUAACUACGACAUCUUGCCAGUGACCAAGGGGUACCGGCUGGGGCUCUCAUACGAGCUGCAUCUGCCAGGCCAGCUGAGGCGGCAGAGUUACGUCCAAAAGCUGACCAGCUUUGUCAACAAACGCGACGAGAAUCUGCGGACUCAGAUCGGGAAAUGGGCCUCUGAGGUGGGAGGCGGCCUCGCGGACCACCACUCGCUGGUCUUUGUGCUGGACAGCGACUAUUCAGAGGUGAAGAACAUUUCGCUGCAAAAGCUAACGCCCGAAGAUCGCGCCAGGGCGGUUGCGCUGCAGCACGCGGCGGUCAAGCGAUACGGCAAAUACACGCUGCAGCUGAACUUCAUCAAGAUCGAGGCCUCGGUCAAGACCUACACCCAAACCAAGCCCGUGUUUAGGUUCAAGGCUUUGAAGGCGGUGGAUCUUGCCGGAGACCCGGUCCCGGGGGUAAGCCUCAACAUGAAAGACUUUAUCGUCGAAGAGGGGAAGCACGUCUAUCAGUCGGAGAUGUUCCUGGGCGGCGCUACUACUGCCGACCUCGGUCACAGGAUGAAGACGACUGCCAUGGGUCGGACGUGCCUCCUGCUCGAGCUCAAGGAGACCGCCUAG